AUGGCAAUUCACGUCUUUUUCCGAUGGUUAUCGCGCAAGGCAAAACGGAUGGGACUGCUUAAGGUCUUUUCUAGCGACAACAUUCACAAGCAUGAUAUAUCCGCAAAUCUGUUUCACAAAGGCGAGACAACUUCUAUUAUGCUACCCAAGAAACGAAAGGCUCCCUAUAGUAAUGAUUGGGCAUCAAAUUAUAGCAAGGUGGACAUAUCAUCUGCGCGAACAAGACAAAUGCCGUCAAUGCUAUGGGACCCGGCUGACGUUGUGAUGCCGUUGGCUCUUUGCUUUUUAUCAAUUUGGAAAGAUGUACAUUUGGUGCUUAAGUCUCGAAACGCGAAAUUCGACCCAUCACUAAGCAUGUUUGACCUUCCAAUGGAUUCACUAUUUCGAACAAUCCAAUACACCAGACAGAUUCAAGAUAUCAAGGCCAGAACUGUUAUUGACCAGAGAAUCUCUAGCCCGAGUUCGCAUCCGCACAAAGCCCCAGUGUGA